CGACGCCUUUCCAAACACCGCGUCCACGCGAGGCUCCACCCUCCUCCUCGCCACAGCUCGCUCCCGCCACGAACCCCUUAUCCGCCGACGGCCCAACGAUCACCCCGAACCAGGCCCCGAUGUCCGCCGCGGCCGACGACCUCGUGCGCCGCGUCGCCGCGUUCCUCCCCAUGCCCCAGCGCCCGCCGCCGCCGCAUAAGCAGCAGCUCUCCGGCGUCGCCGCCGCCGUGCGCGACGCCGGGGGACGCUUGGGCCGCGCCGUGGGCGACGUCUUCCGCCGCCUCCGCAUCGACGACACCUUAUUCUACUCCGGCCUGCCAAAUCAGCGCCGGAGCAGCGCCGGGAAGAAUAAUGGCGGGAGGCCAGCGCCUGGAGCGCCGUCGCCCGGCAAGGAGGGGGCCACCGGCGGCGGCGAUCCCCUCGGCGCCACCGGGAAGUUCGCGCGGUCCCAGGGGAGCAUGAACCUGUCGGCGACGUACGACAGCAGGACGAACGACGUGGAGAGCUCGGUGGUGGCCAGAGGCGACCUGUGGCGCGCGGAGGCAUCGCACAGCAGCGGCGCCGGUGGCUCUGCUCCGAGAAGCUCCGGCGACGGGGCCAACCUGUUCCUGGUGCAGCUCGGCCCGGUCCUCUUCGUCCGCGACACGACGCUGCUGUUCCCGGUGCACCUGUCCAAGCGGCACCUCAUCUGGUACGGAUUCGAGCGAAAGAAUGGAGUUCACUCGGUUUGCCCUGCUUAUUGGUCGGCUCACAAGAGAUGGUUCUUCAUGUCCAUGUUAUGCCUGAACCCGUUUGCUUGUUCAUUCAUGGACAUGCAAUUCCCAAAUGGGCAACUAAGAUACGUUGCCGGCGAAGGCUUCACGACGCGCGCUUUCCUCCCGCUCGGCGGUGGAGUCCUGCAAGCCCAUGGAAAGUUCCCAGGGGAGAAGAGGAUCAGCUUCUCUUUCAAGAACAGGAGUGGGGGCAGCGUUGUCCCAAUGGUUCAGUGGCCUGAUAAUUCCCUCUCACUGGGGCUUGUCCAGCCAUUGUCUUGGAGGAGAUCUGGCCUGAUGCUGCAACCAGCAACCCAGAUCAGCAUAUGCCCUACGAUCGGUGGACGCCAUCCUGGGGUGUGCAUGGAGCUCAUCUAUUCGGCGAAUGAGAAUGUUGGCGUCAUCUGUGGCUACUCCCACACUGCUUCGCCUUCUGCACAUGCCUCCAUAUCGAUCGGAAGAUCGAAGCUGAACGGCGGCGCGGCAAGGUCAGGGGUAGUGUUCAGAGUAGACGCUCCGCUCCACGGAUUUGGCCGGCCAUGGUUCUCAGUUCAGAUGAACAGCGGGGUCGAGUUCUGAUUCCCCAUUGUUCUGUCGUGACUGCACAUACAGAGUUACACCCUUCAAAACAAACACACAAAUACAGGGUUACACAUGGUUCACACGUACUACUACAUUGAAAUGUACAGUCAAUGUUGUGUAUAAGGCUUGGACGAGGGCUUGUUCUACAAAUGAUCUGAAAAUGCCAACUGAAAAGUUCAUUGCAGCAAUCAUCUUUAUGCUGGUAAUACAAAAGGUAACAUUGGAGGACU